UGGCGGCCGAUGACAUUGACAACGUCAAAAACACCUGAUAGCUGUCAAACUUGUGUGGGCGCCGUAAACAUCGUUUUUGUUUACUUUUCCAGCUCAAGCCACCUUUCAGACGAUGAAAUCGGGGGAUCACCGACGAAAUGUUGUCGUCAAUCAAAGAUAAGCUGUUAAAUGUCACCAAAACCGUACCUUUAUUCAGUACAAAUAGCGACAGGGGACACGUGCAGUGCGAGGUAAAUUCGAACGCUGGCAGCGAGAUUUUGAGUCAUUACCAAGCCGAGUGGCAAGCUUUACACAACCAAAGUGAACAAAAUGCCAAAAAGGCCGAAGAAGCGGCGACGGAAAUCGCCAAAAUCACCAACAAAAUCGAACGCGAUAAGAAGAGCUUAAGUGUGAUGACACACCUGUUGGCGCACUCGAACUUAAAUCUAAACCUUGUUAAUUGUACAAAACAAAUCGAGAAACUUUACGAUAGCUUUAGGGAAGUUGAGGAGGAACUGGUGCAGUUGGAGGACUUGAUCGAAACUGUCGAGUUCGAGAAUAUGAAAAAACAACACCGGUAUCAUUUGCAACAGUACAAAGUGCGGAAAGAGGAGUCUUUGAAGGCGUUUGAGGCCUCUCUUAAGGAAAAACACGAGAAAGCAGUUGCAGAAUUUGACUUGAAAAAGAAGAAAGAACUAGAGGAGCGGCAACAAGUGUUUCACGAGGCCUUCAAGAGCGACUUAGAGAUUUACAAAAACUCGGGCACCAUCCCCAAGUUAGAUCUUCCAAAGAAGCAGCCAAGUGCCUUACUUGAGGAAAUCCAGGUGGAUUUUGACGAAAGUGAGUUGGACCAAUUCUUGUCGAAAUAGUGCAAUAGAUUUAUAUUUUGAAUAAUUGUUAAUAAACGGGUUUUUGAAGUUU